AUGCACAAUUUCAUUCACACAUUGUUUCCUCGAGAGGAUGACAAUGGAUCCUCUCACGGCCGACGAGCAUUGGUCGUGACUGUAGUGCUGACCGCCAUAUCCACUGUCAUUGUCGCAAUGCGGUUUUAUGCGCGACUUGGAUUGAUGAGAAUCACUGGCCGUGAAGAUUGGGCUAUUCUAAUCUCUCUAAUAUUUUCCCUCAUCUACCUUGCACUCGUUGCUGCCCAAUUACAUUAUAACAUGGGCGUCCAUUCCACACUCCUUUCUAGCCAUGUCUUGCAGCAACAACUUAAGUGUUUGUGGGCUGCAAUUCCCAUGUACAACGCCAGCUUGGCAUUCACCAAAUUCUCCAUUCUCUUCCAAUAUUUGCGCAUCUUCCCCGGCAAACCUUUCCGCCUUGCCUGUUACUUCAUGAUGGCAAUUGUGGCUACCUACUCAUCGUGGGCUAUUGUGAGCGGCUUCGUGAACUGUGUACCCGUCGCCAAAUUUUGGAACAAAGACUUGCCAGGCAGCUGUCUGAACUUCGAGGCUGUCUGGUUCUUCAAUGCUUCUAUGAACAUCACAACCGACAUAGCGCUACUGAUUUUGCCCAUGCCGCUGCUUUCCAAAUUGCAACUGCCCCGCACGCAGAAGCUGGCCCUAAUAGGCGUCUUCGCCAUGGGCAUCUUGGUCGUGGUCACCAGUAUCCUCCGUCUGUCAAGUUUACGCGAAGUCGCAAAAAGCCCCGACACAUCAUACAGCAACGUCGCAGCCGCCUAUUGGACCGCCGCGGAAUGCAACGUUGCCAUAAUGUGCUCCUGUCUCCCAUUCUUGCGACCCAUCAUCAGCCGCAUCUUCCCCAGGCUUCUCUCCGCAGAUAGCUCCAAGCGCUAUACUGUCAACAAAGCCACACUCACAAACCUCACGGAAACGCGUACCAUGACACGUCAUACCCAGCUGUUUAGCCAGAAUCACGAUAAAGACUACGAUAUGUAUUCGAUCAACGUCGUGACUAAACCUGGUAGCCACUCUAGCCACAGUUCUUUCAGUGGUAUCGAAGUGACCACUGAGAUGAGCGUUAUGCAGGAGGCGACUCCAACAAGAAGUACCAGUGAGCGUGGGCUGGUUAUGGAUGUUUGA